AAAUAGAAACUUUCAGAAAAGAAGCCCGCUUUCUCUCCUAUUCUUCCUCAAGCUUUAUGUUGAUUCAAGGACCAAAUUUUUGAUGUGUUUUUUAGUCUCAAAUGACUUGAGUUAAUCAAAACCAACAUGGGGUGAGUUACCCGGAUUUUAACUAUCUGUUCCAAAUACUAAAACUUGGUACUUUUUCAAUGGCGUGCAAUGUGAUGGAUUCAUGGACAUUCACUGGUAUUGUGGGUGCGUUCCUUGAUCUAUUCAUAGCUUAUUUAUAUCUUUGUGGAUCAACUCUGGCCUAUUUGGCUUCAAGAUUUCUGGGUUUAUUUGGACUGUCUUUGCCUUGUCCUUGUAAUGGAUUGUUUGGGUACUUGGAAAAGAAAAAUCGUUUCCAAGCCAUGUUAGUUCAUGAUCCAUGUCUUAAAAUCUCACCCGUUCAAUAUUCUAUUAUGAAAAGACUCCCUUUUGAUGCUAUCUGGAACAACUUUUAUGAUGAUGGAGAAGAUGACGAUGAUGAUGAGCAACGCGAUAGCCAAUUGAAUUCGGAUUAUUGGCAGGAUGGGAAAGUAGAAAUGGAGGGGGAAGCUUCUUCUAGUUCAUGUAAUGGGAAGAAGAAUACUUUUGUUGGUGUGAAAAAUGGAAACUUUGGGCAAAUUCAUAAGUGGAAAGGGAGGCCUAAAGUUGGUCUUAGGCGACGCAAGAGAAUUGAUAGUUUUCUUGGUGGAAAAGUUUCAUCUUCUCCAAAUGAUCCAUUGGUUUCCAUUACGACACCAACUGGUUUCAAUUCUUCUGCUACUUUUGUUAAACUUGGCAAAGAUGUUACCGAAGAGAGUAAGACUCUGGUUCAUUCCGAAGGUGAUGAUCUUUUACGAAACCUUCCUUUGGUUUUUUUAUUAUGUUAAUGUCACAUCUAAUGUGUUCAUAGUUCUGUACUUUUUAGAUGGUAAGGAAACUGCAAAAGAUAUUGGAGGGCCUAAACAAAAUUUUCAGGGUUCACAAAUGGAUUAUGACUCUUUUGCUGAGAAUAAAUCGGUGGACGAAAAGGAAAUAGCAAUGGUUAUCAAGCGCUCGGCAUCGGCUCAAGAUUUUGAUGGCGGCAGAGUCUUGGGACAAGCUCUCGAUGCAGAGCACGCUGCUUGUGCUGCUCUUUACAUUGAGCUCGAGAAAGAGAGAAGCGCCGCUGCCACUGCUGCUGAUGAGGCUAUGGCGAUGAUACUACGUUUGCAAGAAGAGAAGGCAGCCAUUGAGAUGGAAGCUAAGCAAUACCGGAGGAUGAUCGAGGCGAAAUUCACAUAUGAUGCUGAAGAAAUGAACAUUCUCAAAGAGAUCUUAUUAAGGAGAGAAAAGGAAAAGUAUUUCUUGGAGAAGGAAACUGAAUCUUACAAGCAAAUAUUAUACGGGAAAGAGCAGCUGGAUGCUGAUAUGUAUGAUACUGCAGCCACGGAGGAACAAGAGAUGUCAAGUGAGUGGGAGCUACUGCAAGUUCAGCAGGUCAAUGAAUUGUUUAGAGAGAAGGACAAGACGAAAGUUAACACCGAUUUUGUGGAAGGGAUAGCGGUCACCGAACUCAAUAAAGCUGCCAGCUUUUUGAGUUCGAGUAUUGAAAAUAAUGAUGCACAUAUGUUUAGAAGUGACGAUGAGAUUAAUACCAUGGUAGAAGAUAAGAAGCAAUGCAACGAAACCAAUCCAAACCAACAUUCGGCACUGAAGACAACUGAGGCUAAGAUGAUUUUCCCAUACAUCAACGAAAAAUUGGAGAAACUCGGAAAAGGUUUACAUAGAUCAGAUUCUGGUUCUGAUUUCCAUGUACUCGAUGUUCAUGUCAUUAACAACGCAUCAAAUGUGAAGAACAAAGAGGGUGAAAAAAUAAUCGAGAAGAAGUUGAUCGGUGUUUCCUCAAACUCACCUAAAGCAUGUGAUAAUCAAACCCCCGGUUGGGUAGAAAUUGAGCCUGGCAGGAAAGGAAACAGUUUAGAGAGAUCGGAAGGAUUACCACCAAUUCAUCCUUCACAACCAAAAUAUUUGCAUAGAAAAUCGAAGUCGGCUUUUGAUUAUGAAAGGUUAAAGAUUGACAAUGAAGUUGGGUGGCUCAGAGAAAGGCUAAAGAUUGUACAACUGGGAAGAGAGAGGCUCAACUUCCCUGCAGGCCAGAAGGGAAGGGAACAAGUUGAGUUGCAAAUAAUGGAAGAUAUUGCAACUCAGCUUCGAGAUAGACAACAAUUAACCGAGUCGGGGAAGGCUCUACCACAGGCACCGUUGCCCCCUCCAUCUUCUAAGGUGCUCUUUUACUCUCUACAUGAUCAACUCUAUAGGAUAUUUAUUAUAGUUCCUUAAAAUAAACAUAAGAUAUUGAAGAUGUUGAGAUGAGCACCAUUAAUUUAUUGCUCUAGCUGUAUGAUUUCAGGUAAUGUCAAAGAAAAGACAUAAGCAAA